CCUAGCUUUACAAGUAGGAAGCUGCUAACUGCAUAGAUAAGCUGGGAGCUCUAUUAGCUUAAUGCUAGUGUGACUUAAAAGAAAAAAAAAGAUAAAAAAAUUACUAUACCGAUUUGCUCUUUCUUAGACUUAAAAGAUGACAAAGUUAAACUGCGUUACUCUUGACAAAUUUAUGGAGGAGUUUUAUCAACUAGAACAGAACAUAACAGAGGUUAAUGGCAAAAACAGCAUGUUGCAGAUCAUGUUGGAGGAUGCCAACAGACUGGUGAAGUUUUAUCAGACCAAGGAGAAGAGUCUGAUUGAGGAAAAAGAUAGCCUGCUUGUCACAGUGAACAGACUGCAGCAGACCCUGCAGGAGCAGUGUAACCUCAGAGUGGAGAACGAGAGACUCCAGAAUGAUAUAGCAGAUCUGAAACAGCAGAAUGAGAAAACAGCAGAGGUUGGAGAGGCUGAAGUUCAGCAGCUGGUGAGAGAAAUGAGAGCAGAAGAAGAGAGACACAAGGGGGCGCUAGAGGAUCUAAGACAUCAGUGUCUGCGGGAGGUGGAGGAUGCCCACAGGGAGUGUUUUAAUCAGUUGGAAGCUAACGAUGCCAAAUACAAGAAGCUGCUGGAGAAAAAGGAUCUGGAUCUGGAGGACAUGAAGAAGAAGCUAAAAGAUCAGGAAAGGGAGAGGCAGAGCGAGCUCCUCAAGUUACAGAUGGAGUUUGGUGCAAAGUUAGCCAGAGUUCAGAGUUCAACUCCGUGGAGCCAGCAGCAGCAACAUGUCCCCAGCCUUGUUCCUCAGAGUGUUUUUAAGAGGAAGCUGCAGUUUUUCCAGGAGGAGAAGAACAAGGAGAUUUUUGCUCUGCGUCAGAGAAUCAAAGAGCUGGAAGAGAAUCAGCGUGCCGGCAGCACCCAGGACAGCCGUCUGAAGAGAAGAAAGAUUUAGUUUGUUUAGAUGCUGACGAGCUGCUGAGCCUCCUGUGUUGGUGCAUGAAUCCCAUCGAGUGUUCUGAAAUGUUCAAAUUGUGCCUCUUUAACAGGGGUUUGCUUUUGCAGUGUCACUAGACUAGAGUUGCAAAUUCGCUGCCCUGCUCACAGGUACCAGUGUGCAGACAGUAAAUUCAAACUGUGUAGAUUUAUUCCUGUCUAAGGAUUUAAUCCAAUUAGCCUCCCGCAGGGAGGGAUGGAGGGAGAGAGGGAGGGGAAGUGAACAUGAAGGAGUAGUGCAGUUGUGAAUGAACUGGCUGGAUGAAAUCUGUUCAUCUGUUUUCAUUCAGAAAAAUCAUUGCUAUUAUUUAUUCCCCCUGCAUUUAUUUUCCAGGUUGUUGUAAUUCAAACCUGGAGUUCCUGAGGCCUCUUUGUUUGUGUUCAUUGGAAAUAUUCAUACAGAUGCGGUCAUUCAGCAAUUCUCUUAAUGGUUUUUGGACCAAAAUAAGCAUUUGAGUAUUUAAAAUAUGCUGUCUUAACAAUACUGGGAUCAAAAUGCAAAACAUCACAUCUUAACAGCAGCUGGAAAACAUUUUGUCUGUUUCAUAGGCUGUAUAAGAAGAAAGGCCUAAAAAACUACAUUUGAUUCAACGACCAAUAGGGCGCAGCUCUUCUGGUUGUAAAAAGAAGUCCAGGUAUAGAAGUGAGAAAACAACCUGAAUCCCUUCUUAAUCAGCGCUGCUUUUCUGAUGGGUUCAUCGUCUUGGCCCCCAGUUUCAAGUCUUGUUUUAUAAAUUGUGGCCUUUUGGAGAAUAAAAUUGAUUAUAAAGAAUGUUAUACUUUGGGGUGUGGCUACCUUGUUACCAGUGUUU